AUGGUAGUGGUAAUGGUUGGAGACCAAAGAUCUUAUAAACACAAGAUAGCGCUAUCUGUGAUUCUACAAGUAACAAAUAGAAGCAUCGAUGUUCAAUUGAUAAAAGUGUUGAGUUUACUUCGUUUGUUGCGUCUGUCACGCCUUAUGAGAUAUGUCCAACGAAUGGAGGAGUUGUUGAAUAUCGAAGGAGCCGUUAUUCGUAUUGUAAAUCUUGUUGCCGUCGCAUUAGUAAUAACCCACUGGAAUGCAUGUCUGCAAUUUCUCGUUCCAUUUUUUAUGGGGUUUCCUGUCGAUUCUUGGGUCGCUAUUAAUAACAUUGAGAAUGGUACUAAAUGGGAACAGUAUUCCUGGUCAUUUUUCAAAGCGAUUUGUCACAUGUUAGGAAUUGGGUUCGGUCGUUUCCCACCUGCCAACAUCACUGAGAUGUGGAUGACCGUUGUAAGUGUGUGCUUUGGCGCCACUUUUUACGCACUCUUCAUCGGCCACAUGUCGAGCCUCUUGCUAUCUAUCGACGCAGCAGGACGGCUUUACAACGAGAGGAUCAACCAAGUGAAGGAGUACAUGAGAUUCCAUAAGGUUCCAUAUCAGACUCAGAAGAGGGUUCUGGAAUAUUAUGAACACCGAUAUCAACGAAAAUACUUUAAUGAACAUGCAAUCAUAAGUGAACAAAACAAACCCCUCAGACUUGCUUUAGUUCAGCAUCAGUGCAAGUCUCUGAUUAGCAAAGUGGAUUUCCUAGAUAACGCCGAUCCGGACUUUGUUGCUGAAUUGAUACAGAAACUCGAAUUUGAAGUCUAUUUAGAAGGCGAUGAGAUUAUUCAGGCAGAUACUCGAGGCACGGCCAUGUAUUUCAUUGAACACGGGUCGGUGGAGAUCAUUGUGGAGGGUAAUGUAAUAGGCAGACUAUCGGAUGGAGAUCAUUUUGGAGAAAUUGCUCUGCUGACUGACAUCAAGCGGGUAGCAACAGUCGUAGCAACUGCUACGUGCGAUCUUUACAGUUUAAGUAGAGAAAAAUUCAACGAAGCCCUUUCUGAACAUCCGGAAAUCAGUUCCCUGAUGACCCAGGUUGCUAAUGAGCGUCUUAAUAAAAACAAAAGUUCAUUGGAUUGAAAUUUCAGAACUAAUGCAGUGGAUACUGAUAAGUAUGGAAAAAGUAUUUGAAAUUUCGUUUGAAAUUGCCGAACUUGAUUAACCCCAGUUGACAGAGGAACGUUAUAAACCACAGAUUGGCCGAGUUAUUAAAAGUCAACCACAUUAUAACAAACAUCAACUUUCAUUUUCGUAGCGUGAAUUUAUAUACGAGCAUGAAAUAGCAUAAUAUGCAGCAUACUUUUGUUGUUAAUUACCAUUUUCACAUUUAAUAAUUUUAGCAUCGAUACAGACAUAAAAAAUCAAAGUAGUUUUUAACAUGUUUGAAUAUUAACUGGUGUAAAUUAACAAAGUAGGCCUACAGAAACAAACAAAACUUAAGAGCGAUGGUAUAUCAUUUCUGUGCUCAAUUCUAUGUUUUCACUUAUUAAUUCUCAAUACUUUUUAUUUAAAUAAAUGAUUUCGUUGAAAUUUGA